CUCCGGGACGGAGAAUGGCAGCUAUCCCCCGGGCAGGGACAGAUGGGCGGCGCUCCGACGGGCUUCUCAGGAACGGAAUAUGGGGGUCGGCCUGAUCAGGACAGCGCCUGGUUUCCGUUUCCCUCCUGGGCGCAGGGUGAGAGGCCCGGAGGCCUCAGCCCAGCGUCACCGUCAUGUGGCCCCCAGACCCGGAGGCCGAGCCAGACCCCGAACCCGCCGCAGGCUCCCGGCGUGGAGGGGCGCUGCCCGGGCUCCGCGCCCUGCUGCCCGCGCGCGCCUUCCUCUGCUCGCUCAAAGGCCGCCUCCUGCUGGCCGAGUCGGGCCUGUCAUUCAUCACUUUCAUCUGCUAUGUGGUGUCUUCCGCAUCGGCCUUCCUCACAGUGCCUCUGCUGGAGUUCCUGCUGGCCGUCUACUUCCUGUUUGCUGACGCCAUGCAGCUGAAUGACAAGUGGCAGGGCUUGUGCUGGCCCAUGAUGGACUUCCUGCGCUGCGUCACCGCAGCCCUCAUCUACUUCGUCAUCUCCAUCACUGCCGUCGCUAAAUACUCCGAUGGGGCUUACAAAGCAGCUGGGGUUUUUGGCUUCUUUGCCACCAUCGUGUUUGCAAUUGACUUCUACCUGAUCUUUAAUGACGUGGCCAAGUUCCUCAAGCAAGGAGACUCUGCAGAUGAGAAUACAGCCCACAGGACAGAAGAAGAGAAUUCGAACUCCGACUCCGACUCUGACUGAAGGCCCGCCUGUGCCCGGCAGCACCUUCCCGACAGGCCUGCGGGGAGCGUGCAGGGGGUGUCCACGUGAGAGGGGGCUGCAGAGUAGGCCUCUCAUGGCCUCAAGAUGAUGCACCUGAGCCUGGCAUCCAAACCUGGCCCUGUUGGCUUAGUGCUGUUGAACUGCCAUGCACGAUAGGGCAUCUUGAAUAUCCUACCUUCUCCCAUUUCUGUCACAGAGAUUUUGAGCCCUUUAACCCCACUAUCAAAACCAAGCAGGGGACACAGCAUAUGGAGCCAAGUCAUGUUGCGGUGCUGUGGUAGCGUGGGGCCAUGUGUGUGUGUGUCACAAACAAGAACAGAGACAGAAACCAUGACAGGGUGACACUCCCCUCCCCCACAGACCCUGAUGGUCCGCUUCUGCGUGGGAUGCUCCUGCCAGUACUUCACUGAGACUCUUCCGGUAGUCCUGCAACAGCAAGACACAACAUGACAGGGUGAGCCCCAGACCUAGGGGUCCCUGUCUGCAUGGCACGCUCCUGCUCAUGCCAUUCCUGCAUUGAGUCUCCAGUAGUCUUUGCUCCCAAAGCCCCCUUCUGGUUGUGAAUCAGGAAGAACCCUAACUUUGGCCUCCUGCCGUUCCUGACGUCCAUGUUUGACAUCUUACCCCUGGAAACCACAGGGUCUGAGACCACUUCCAAGAGGAGCCCACAGACUUGCUCACCAGGGCCAGUGGACAGUGACCAAGUCACAAGUGGCUGGCAGGCCCAGCCAAGCCCUCUUCCUGGAGGCCAAGAGUUCUGGGCCUGCUGAGGACAAGGUGUUUCCUCUGGACGCCCGGGCAGAUCCACUGACCCUCCCCUCCCCCAAAUGAAAGAGGAGAUGGCCUUAUGUGUUCACUUAAAGACUUGUACUGUGUAUCUAAUAGGUUUUUUGUAUCUUUUUUAAAAAUAAUUUUUUAAUACAGAAGCAGCUUAGCAAGUGGCAUUGUUUAUGACCCAAGAGGCCCCAUGAAUGAGCCAGAGUUCUGGGAUGUUUUGGGCAUUUGUAACCUUAUUCUUCUCUUGCAUGUGAAUCCCUUCCCUAAAAAAAAAAAAAAAAAAAAAAAAAGCCAUAAUGGAUUAAACCAGACAGACUACC